CAGCAGUCGGGUCCAAUCCUCAACUCCUCAAGACUCAAGACCUGAAGAACUGAAAACCUGCGGACCAGGUUUUCAUGGAUCGUACUUCAUCUACGACUUGCCGGCCAUGUUGCUCAUGCAGCGCUUUUGGUUACGUCGUGCUGGGAUCCCUGCCAUGCUGGGUGCUAAGCUGGGGAAAAUGCCCAGAUCCUCCCAGGCUCAGAUCUUUCUGGAAUCCUCCAAAUCUGGUUUUCCCCUGCGCUUGCGCAGAGCUGCCAAGCGCCACUCGGCCUUCUUCGGCUUCUAUAGCUUCACGGAGGCAGAUGGCCAAUCGCGUGCCAGGCUGAGACCUUUCAUUGAGGACUUUGGUGUGAUAUUGCUGACGUUCUGGCAGUCAUUUGAUUAUAUCAACAACCUUGACUAUUUGGAGAAAUGGAUGACCAGCCUCGGUCGACAUCACGUGCUUGCCUGGUCGGUGGCCUCCGAGAACUGGCUAGAAAACUGGCCACUGGGUUAUUACUUUCUGGCAGUGGAUCAAGAGCUUGGAUCUCCCAAAUGCCUCUUGGAGCUGAAUUGUGGCCCGAGCACUGUGGUACCAAGAUUGACCUCGAAGUGGCUGUGGGAUUUGCUCCUCAGCUGAGACAGGGCUGUGGGCUGUGGGUUUAGGUUCAUUGGCCCAACACCAUGCGCUGCACCCAGCGGAUCGAGGGUCGGGUCGCUCCCGGUGCGGAAAAGCACGCCGGCACGGCUCUCUCUUGGGGGUGGGAGUUCUUUCGUGGAGGAGGAGCACCUCUCGACUCUGAUAGCGUAUUUUUUGUUUUCCGUUUUUUCGUCUAGCAUUCUCUAGACUCAAGGCAUGAUAGUGCACAUUUGCUAGUAGACCAGUAGACAAGUUUGUUUAUAUAUAGCAUUUAGAUAGUAAACCCGUGGUUCCAGAGAAGAAGCAACCAAAAAGCUUCAUUGAGCCCCAGUUUCCUUUUCGAGAGAUGGUCAAAAUCAGACGGAUUGCUCAUUGACCAUGCCUCAACUCCCCGCUGGCUGUCCUCAAUUCCUGAUCGAACACCUUGUCCAUCUUGUCCAAUACAUGUUUCAUCAUGAUUCCACUGCAAAUGUGUGGUGCUCAGUAGUUUCUCCAUUUGGGCAGCCCGGCAAAACGACCAAUUCCCACCAGCAUCUUCCGUGAACGGCUCUGAAAUACCCACGCUAUUGAUGGAUCUCCACACCCCUAUCCUUUUCCUUCAUGGAGUUCCCAACUUCCCAACCCCCACUUAUCAUUUUCACUAUGUCCAGGUGAUCGACUGGAAUGGUAUCGAGCGGACCUGCCAGGAUCCGGACGAGCUCCCACAAGCGAGUUCCGUCGAACCACACUCGCACGACCGACCACUCCCGCUGGGCGGGCGAAA